AUGGGAUCGGAGCAGCCAGAGACGUAUGCCACAGACAAAAAGACGCUGCCAUUUUCGGAGCAGCACUAUUUUUCGUCAUAUGACCACUUCGGGAUCCACGAGGAGAUGUUGAAGGACCGGGUGAGAACGCUGUCGUAUCGGAACGCGAUCAUGAAGAACAAGCACCUGUUCAAGGACAAGAUUGUGCUAGACGUCGGGUGCGGAACAGGGGUGUUGUCGAUGUUUGCGGCGCAGGCGGGGGCCAAGCACGUGUUAGCGGUGGACAUGUCGAACAUCAUCGAGAUGGCGCAGAAGGUGAUCGACGUGAACGGGUUCUCGGAGCGGAUCACGCUCUUCCGCGGGAAGCUGGAGGACGUGAAGCUUCCGUACGACAAGGUGGACAUCAUCAUCAGCGAGUGGAUGGGCUACUUCUUGCUCUACGAGUCCAUGUUGGACACGGUGUUGGUUGCGCGGGACAUGUACCUCAAGGAGGGCGGCCUGCUCUUCCCGGACAAGGCCAGCAUCCACGUGGCGAUGAUCGAGGACGAGGAGUACAAGAACGACAAGAUCCACUUCUGGGAAGACCCGAUGCAGCUCUACGGCUUCGACUACUCGCCCUUCGUCAAGAUCGCCAUGGUCGAGCCGCUCGUCGACACCGUCGACAACGGCGCCGUCGUCACCAGCCACUACAAGCUCAUCGACUUCGACCUGAACACCGUCACCAUCGAGCAGCUUGCCUUCCACCGCACCUUCAGGCUCAAGGCCACCCGGGACGACCGCGUCCACGCCCUGCUUGCCUGGUUCGACAUCGACUUCCCCUCCGACACCCCGGAAAACGUCGUCUCCUUCUCCACCGGCGCCCACGCCACCUACACCCACUGGAAGCAGACCGUCUUCUACCUCGACCGCGUCCUCGACGUCAAGAAGGGCGAGGAGAUCUCCGGCUCCCUCGCGUCCCGUCCGAACGAGUUCAACAACAGAGACUUGGACAUCGAGCUUGAGUUCAACUUCCCUGCCAGCGGCCCGGACGACUCUCGCCGCACCACCGGCAAGUACAACUACUUCUUGCGUUGA